CACAUUGCAUUGAUUGUACAUUGAGUUUCCUCAAUAAAGAGGAAAUUGAGUAAAAUAAUGUAAAAUGUGUUAGUGUGGAUUAGUAAUCUGGCACCUUGGUAUAAAAGAGAAAAAGUUCUGGCCCUCGUCAUUAUCAAAGUUGCCCAUCUCUGAAUUAGACCAAUAUAAAAAUGCACUUUGAAUAAAUGACUCGGUUGUUUCACUUUUUUCAGUGCAGCUUGGAUGUGGCAAAGCCAUCAGUGCUGUUCAUAAUGCCCGCUUUGGUCAGGGAAGUGAAUCAACCUGGGUGGAUGAAGUUCAGUGUAAUGGAACUGAGAGUGUAUUAGAUCAGUGCUCACACAGAGGAUUUGGAGUAGAGAACGAUGGACAUGGUGAAGAUGCUGGUGUUGUGUGCUCAAAUAAGGUUUUUUUAUUUGGCAAUACUUGCAGACUUGAAGACUCCCACAUUGACUCGGAUCUCCCCAAACUCUAUGGUCUCACCUGGAGAAGUCCUUCAGUUCAGAUGUACCACACCCAGCCCAACAUGCAUCUCUGUAGACUUCAGUUUGUAUAAAACUGGGACAUCAGUAAAGAAUCAAACUGCAGAAUCUACAACAACAUUUAAUCUGACUGUAGAUGCCUCACAUCAGGGCCAGUACACCUGUGACUACUCCUACAGGGAAAGUGCCUCCACAUCAUCCUGGAGCAACUCCAUCAGCAUCACCGUGGGUAAGCGACAUGUUCUGGAUAUUUUUUUGCUAGUACCAGACAAAAUUUGCAGCUCUGACUUCAGCUAUGAACCAAUUAAUUCUCUUCAUUUCAUCUUUUUCAAUAAGAGAGAUCAUGUUUGUUGUUUUCUAGUGAACCUGCAGCAGCCCAAUAUCUUCUUCACUGCUGCUGGUGGACCAAAAGUAACAAGAGGCUACGGCUUCUCCAUCAUCUGCUCCACUGAACCUCAGUAUCCAGGAGGUUCCUUCCACUUGAAGUUCAGUGGAUCCAACAUCACCAGAACUCAGUCGGCUGUUAACCACUCAGCCGUCUUCCUGUUUUCUGAGGCAGAUUUUGUCCAUCAGGGAAACUACAGCUGUGCUUAUGAAGUUAAUCUGUCUUCACACACCUUUACCUCCACUACCACUGAGCUGCUGGAAAUCACUGUGAAUGGUAUAGUAAUAAAAACUAGUUCUGUUUUUUGUGUGUUCUGCAGUUUAAUGUUUGAAAAGCCUGAUGAUGAUGAUUUCUCUCUCAGCAUCUCUGGCUCUAUACAUUGGUGUUGGAGUGACAGCAGGACUGCUUCUCAUCUUAGUUCCAGUCAUCAUUUGCUUUGUGAAGACACAGAAAAGACAAAUGUCAGAUGGAUAAGAAGAAGGAUUCACAGCAUGCCUCACAUCGGGGCCAGUACACCUGUGACUACUCGUACAGGGAAAUUGCCUCCACAUCACCCAGGAGCAACUCCAUUACCAUCACUGUGGGUAAGUGCAGAGAGGAUGUUAUACUGAACAGCAUUUAGUCAUUAAUUAAUUAUUUAUGCUGUUAAAAGAAUCGUCAGUGAAUACCCAUAAUUUUUUAUAUUUUUGAAAUUGCUUAUUUAACAAGACUAAAGCAUGCAUUCUGUUAGUUUGUGGUGGGGGGAGGUGAUGUGGGGGGAAGUAGGGAGCCCACAUUCUGUAUUCAUGUCCUCUGCUUAAAUGAGCACACCUACACCUGCUAGAGGUGUGUAAGUGCAGUUCCAAUCAUAUUCCAAUUAUACUGAACAGUGUUGUGUAAAUAAUUAAUGAUUGUCUUUAAUUUGUAUAUUAUUUAAAUGUAUUUAUUAACAGACAAGCACAGAGGUCUGGAACCUUUUCAUCUGGCAGAGCCAUAAAAGCCAAAAAAGAGUUAUUUUUCUUUAAACAGCCAGAGGA